AUGUCGAGCCCUGAUGAACACAAGAAUUUGCACCUUCAGGAACAUCAUGAAAAACGAACCUCCGACCAGAUCUCACCCUCCGACGAUGAUACCUAUGUGCACGAACCUUCUAUCGAACCUAGCAAUCGGUUAAGAGUCGACACAAGCAUCAACGAUGAGAUUCCUUUGCCUAUGAGUACGCCUUCUGCCCGUCGCGAACAGGCAACCCGCCUGGAAGACGAUUUGUUGCUCCUGCAGGCCGAGCGCGUGGUAUCUCGGUCGACGCAAGGGCCCGAGGAAGGGGAAGGCGAGUCGAUGAACCGGUCGAGAUCCCGUCGUACCGAGGUCGAUGAGUUCGACGAAGCGACCAACCCGUUACACGAAAAGGCCGCGGUGUAUACUCCGCCAGAGCGCCCCAAUACUCAACUCUCGGCUUUUGUGAAGAAACUGCAUCAGUCCAGUUUUAUCGUUCGUUAUUUCACCUACAUCGCGCCCGUUGUCAUCCUCUUGUUGGUUCCCCUCCUUAUCGGUGCUCUCGUCUUUCCCAAGGCCAAUGUUGGUGGUGUGAAGUUGAUGUGGUUUUCCAUCUGGCUGGAGAUUUUCUGGUUGACCCUUUGGGCUGGCCGAAUUGUUAGCAAAGGAUUACCCGCAGUCGUCAGUAUUGUGGCUAGUAUCUUCACCAACAACGCGAAGAAAUGGCGUGAUAUGGCUAAGCAGCUGGAGAUUCAUGCUGCCCUGUUCCUAUGGUGGCUGGGCGUGGAAAUCUCCUUCUUGCCGACUAUGAAGAACCACCAUGUGAACGGGGACUCGAGUACCAGGAGCUGGGAAAACACUUUUAACAAGAUCAUCAUUGUCAUCUUCGUCUGGACUAUUCUCAACCUGAUCGAGAAGGUGAUUAUCCAGCUCAUCGCGAUCAGCUUCCACCUUCGGACCUAUGCGGAUCGUAUCGAGAUCAACAAAUUUCAGAUUGGUAGCUUGACCAAGCUGUAUGAUUGGUCGCGCGCCCGUAUCGAGGAGACUGAUGAGGCUUUCCAUGAGAAGCCCGAUGAAGAAACUCCGACAACUGGGAUGAUGAAUCCGCUGCAGUAUGCCGGCAAGGCCCAUAAGAAGGCUGUCGGUGUGGCCAAGGGUGCCGCGAAGAAGGUCGGUAACAAGGUCGGUGAUGUCGCUGGUGCCGUUGCUGCAGACUUUACUGGUCGCAAGGCGGCUAGGAGCAAUGACCCUUACCAAGUCGUGCUGGCCUUGUUGCGGACUACAUCUGGCUGUCAGGUUCUUGCGCGUCGUCUCUACCGCACUUUCGUACGUGAUGGGUUUGACACUGUUUUCUCUGGCGAUUUGAAGGAGGCCUUUGAGAACGGUGAUGAGGCUGAGGCUGCAUUUACCAUGUUCGAUCGCGAUAUGAAUGGUGAUAUCUCCAUGGAGGAGCUUGAGGCCGUCUGUGUCGAUAUUGGUCGUGAGCGGAAAUCGAUCACUGCAUCCUUGAAGGAUUUGGAUUCAGUCGUCUCCAAGCUUGACAACGUCUUUAUGUUCUUCGUCUUCGUCAUCGUUAUCGUGGUCUUCCUGUCACUGAUCUCUACCUCUGCUGCUGGUGUUUUAACUUCGGCUGGAUCCAGUAUCCUGGCUCUUUCUUGGUUGUUCUCGGCCACAGCUCAGGAAUUCCUGCAGUCUGUCAUUUUCGUUUUCGUCAAGCACCCCUUUGAUGUCGGUGACCGUGUCACUAUCUACGGUAAUGCCGGCGACUCCGGUCUUGGUGACGAUUAUUUUGUCAAGGAGAUUACCCUGCUGUACACCGAGUUCAAGAAGAUGCAGGGUCAUGUUGUCCAAGCACCAAACAGCUAUCUUAACGGGUUGUUCAUCCUCAACCAGCGCCGAUCUGGUGCUCUGGCCGAGGCCAUUCCCAUCAUCAUCAAGUACGGCACAACCAUCGAACAAAUCGAUGCGCUCCGGCAGCGUCUGUUGGAAUUUGUGCGCAGCGAGAAGCGCGAUUUCCAGAGCAACAUGCUCACCGAGUUGCGCGAGGUGACCGACAACUUCUCCCUAACUCUCAACAUCGUCUUCUUCUACAAAUCCAACUGGCAAAACGAGGGUCUCCGUCUGCAACGCCGCAACAAGUUCAUCUGCAUGCUCAUGAUAGCCCUCCAGGAGAUCGGCAUCGAGGGCUCGCGCAUGAACCUCCAGGGUGCCAAACGCGAGGAACCAACCGAGGCAGAGCCGGUCCCAAUCGGCCAAGGGUCCAGCUCGCUUCAGGAAAACACCGCCUCAACCAGCGGCACCGCUACCCGUCAGCCUUCUAUAUUGCGCAAGGGUAUGGAUACGGCUGCGGCCCGCGCUCGUGGCGCUUCUACUUCCCGUAAACAUGUUGACUUCUCACUGGGGAUGGCCAAUAUGUCCUCGAACGAUGUCAUGGGUGACGUCUUUGAAGAUCGUGGCGUACGUCUAGAUAACGUCGUCCGCAACGCGAACCGUGAAGCUACCGAGCGCCGCAUGCAAGAUGUCGCGGAGGAGGAGGAAGAACGCCGCAGUCGGGCGUCGUCAUCUCAGCAUCGUCGUCCUUCUAACUUCAGUACCCCGACGCACGAACCUCGUCAGUCUACCGAUGCUCACAGCUACCGGAGUGGUGCCUCGUCUACCCGGAACCGCUUCUUCCGGCACCACCGUAGCAGCGUUAGUCGUGACCGGGAGGAUAUCGAGCAGGGUCGCACUGGCUCUCCGCCGCCCGCAGUCAAGACUGACUGA